AUGUCUUCCGAGUCGUCUGGAUCUGACUACCCCGACAUUGUCUCCUCGGACCUCGAGAUGCUCGGUGAAGGGGACUUCAGCGAAGAAGCUCGCGGGAACACUGACUACUCGAGCGAGGCGGAGCCACCUGCACAGUCUCAUUUACCUUCCAUAAGACAUCAGCAAGAGCUGACACGUAUCGAGAGCCGUUGGGAGGAAAGGUUUUCGGCGGUCAUGGAGAGACUCGACGCACUAGACUGUGUCAGCGGCACAACCACGCGCUCUAUACGCAAUGUAGAACGAGAGCAGAACCUAUACAACGAGCGCCUGAAGCAAGUAGAGACGGAGGUUGCAAGCGUGCGCCAGGAAGCGCAUGACCUCCUCCAGCCGGUCAAAUUAGCACGCAAUCAGGCAGCAGAUGCAUUACGCGGGGAAUGCAGCAACAUGCAGAAACUCCAGACGCGCUGGAACGAUGCGUUCCAGAUUCUGCAAACUAGGCUGUCGAAAGCCGAGCGCGGUAUAUCAACGCUGACCGCCAAAGGAUCUCACUACAAGGAGCAGCUGGAGCAGCUGACAACACAGCUAGGACCUACGCAAGAGUUGGCCUCGCUCAUCAACGCACGUUCGGCCGAGAUGGUAGAGCGCAAAGAGCUCGUACAGCAAACUCUGCAAGAAAUUCGCCAUGCACUUGACGCCGUGAGGGGGCAAAACACCGAGGAUGUCGCCUCUGACAUCGCUCCUAUCCGCACGCUGUCGUAUGCUAUCCGGGAAUCGGAUGAUUGA